AUGUUUUUCAAGUAUGCGACCGCAGCCUUAGCUGCAUUGGCGCCUCUGGCCUCAGCGCAGACCUUUACAGAGUGCGAUCCGUUAAAGAAGACCUGCCCCAACGACAAGGGCCUGGAUACCUCGUCCUACGAGGCCGACUUCACCAAGGGCGAGUCGGCCCUCGACAAGUGGAAGACCCAGUCCAAGUCGAUCAACUUCGGCGAUCAGGGUAUGGAGCUCACUAUCGACAAGCAGGGUGAUCACCCGACUGUUGCGACCGAGUUCUAUAUCUUCUUUGGUAAGGUCGAGGUCGAGAUGAAGGCUGCGCCGGGGACGGGUAUCGUGAGCACUAUUGUGCUUGAGUCGGAUGUUUUGGAUGAGAUUGACUGGGAAACCCUCGGAGGCGACACCACCCAAAUCCAAACCAACUACUUCGGCAAAGGCGACCACUCCUCCUACGACCGAGGAUCCUUCGCGGAUGUGGACCGACCCCAGGAGACCUUCCACACCUACACCGUGGAGUACAACAAGGACGCCAUGACCUGGUCCAUCGACGGCAACGUUAUCCGCACGGUAGCCUUCCAGGACGCCAAGGGCGGCUCCCGCUUCCCCCAGACUCCCAUGCGCGUCAAGAUCGGUACCUGGGCCGGCGGCGACCCGGACAACGACCCCGGCACCAUCGAGUGGGCCGGCGGCGAGACCGACUACAGCGCUGCCCCCUUCACGGCUUACAUCAAGUCCGUCAAGAUCGAGAACGACAACCCCGCUUCGGAGUACAGCUACUCUGAUAACAGCGGCUCCUUUGAGAGCAUCAAGAAGGAAGGCGGUAAGGAUGACUCCGAUGAUGAUGAUGAUGAUGAUGAAGACUCCUCAAGCACCUCCUCCUCUUCCUCCUCUACCUCUUCCUCCACUUCCACUACAUCCUCCUCAAAGGAGGAGUCCACCUCCUCAGACGAGGCGACCACCACUGGCGAGUCCGCCUCAAGCCCAACUGGAUCCAGCGCCGCCUCAAAAACCGAAGACAGCGACGGCGCGUCUGCAACGGGCCCUGGCUCUGGCUCCGGCUCUGGCUCCCACUCUGGAUCAGGAUCUCCCUCAGGCUCCCCCUCUGGUGGCGCCUCUACCCCCUCCCCCAGCUCCUUCAACAGCGCCGCCCCCUCCAGGACCUCCAUGGACGGAUCGUCUCUUGCCCUCGUCAUCCUAGGCCUCUUCACUGCCAUGCUGCAGUUCUGA